UUCUUUCUUCAGAUUUAUCUUCAUUGUUAUUAGUAUUAUUCUCUAUUGCACCUUUGCCAACCUUAAGGUAUCUACAUUUCUUUUCUUGUCAAGAAUAUUACUUGUGGCAGCGAUACCAUUCCAAACAAUCACCUGAGUAUAUAGUUUCCCUUAAAAACAUUUGGAAACAGAGUUGAGGUAGGCAGACGUGGAGAAAGUGCCCCUCUAUUAUUUUGCAUCAUACAUCAAACAUUUCUUUGGAUACCUAAAUAAGAGACCCAUCGCCCUCUAAAUCCCUUGAAAAUGUUCCCCCAAACAGUGUUGAGCACAGCCUCCUUUUCCUCUUCCUCUCCGCCCCCUAACCAAAUCCAACUGUUGGAGCAGAAAUAACAAGGAUGAGUAGUUAGUGUUAGGAGAAAUGUUUGUGCACCAAAAAUAAACUGGAAAGGGUCAUCCUAAAUCAUAUUACUUGUUCAUUUCAAAAGUGUCCUUUAAGGAGUGUGUGUGUGAGAGAGAGAGAGAGCUCUUCGCCUCCACCUAGUCCACUGAGCCAUCUGAAUGAUGCCAAGGGAAGAUUUUGCAUUGCAAAGUCUGAUUGAAAAAAAAAAAAGACAGCACCAAUUCAGGUAGUUAAUAGCAGAGUGGGUGCGAGAACUGGGGAGAUGCGAGGGAGAAGGAGCAGCCCAAGCCGCCAGCUCAUGGGCUGACCUGAUUCUCUGAAAUCCUUAGCUCGAUUUCUCUUUCCUCCCGCCUGCCUUUCCCCUUUCGGGUCUUGCUGUCCCCCUGUGUUUUCCCUUUUUAGUGCUUGCAGCCCAGAAAACAAAGAAAUACGGCUCGGGGUGCAUCAGGGCUCCGCCAGUGAGUGCACCGCACCCGGGAGGCAGGCAGGCAGGCGGGCAGGUUUCCCAGCCCCUGGACCAAGGCUUUCCCCGCUCGGGGUCCACAUCUCCUCCCAAACCCCCACCCUCCUCCUCUCCCUCCCUUCCUCCCUCCCUGGCUGCCUCCCUCCCUCUCUCCCUCCCUUCCCUUCCCUUCCCUUCCUCCCCCACCAUCUCAGCGCUGGGAGGAAGGCGGACGGGGCUCAAGAUGGCUUUUGCCCGGCUCUGCGCCCUGCUCGCCUGCUGCUGGAUGCCGGCGGCUGUGCUGGCUACCGCCGCAGCCGCGGCCGCCGCCGCCGGAGGAGGAGACGGGGACCCAUCCAAGGAGCUGGAGUGCAAGCUGAAAAGCAUCACGGUGUCGGCGCUGCCCUUCCUGCGGGAGAACGACCUCAGCAUCAUGCACAGCCCCUCGGCCUCCGAGCCCAAGCUCCUGUUCUCGGUGCGCAAUGACUUCCCCGGGGAAAUGGUGGUGGUGGACGACCUGGAGAACACAGAGCUCCCCUACUUCGUGCUGGAAAUCUCAGGGAACACCGAAGACAUACCUUUAGUACGCUGGAGGCAGCAAUGGCUGGAGAAUGGUACUCUACUCUUUCAUAUCCAUCACCAGGAUGGUGCCCCAAGCCUUCCUGGCCUUGACCCAACAGAAGAGCCCCAAAGUGAGUCAGCUGAAGAAGAACUGAGGAUUCUUCAUAUCUCUGUCAUGGGUGGCAUGAUUGCUUUGCUCCUCUCCAUCCUGUGUCUAGUCAUGAUCCUCUAUACCCGUCGGCGCUGGUGUAAGCGGAGACGUGUGCCCCAACCCCAGAAGAGUGCUAGUGCAGAGGCAGCUAAUGAGAUACACUACAUCCCUUCAGUUCUGAUUGGUGGACAUGGUCGGGAAAGCCUGAGGAAUGCACGGGUGCAGGGCCACAAUUCAAGUGGCACCCUAAGCAUUCGAGAGACCCCCAUCCUGGAUGGCUAUGAGUAUGAUAUCACAGACCUGAGGCAUCAUCUGCAACGGGAGUGCAUGAAUGGUGGUGAAGACUUUGCCAGUCAGGUGACUCGGACUCUGGACUCACUCCAGGGUUGCAAUGAGAAGUCUGGGAUGGACCUCACACCAGGAAGUGACAAUGCCAAGCUGUCUCUGAUGAACAAAUAUAAAGACAACAUCAUUGCCACCAGCCCUGUGGAUGCAAACCACCAACAGGCGACCCUCCUGUCCCACACCUCUAGCAACCAGAGGAAAAGGAUCAAUAACAAAGCUCGAGCUGGAUCUGCCUUCCUGAACCCUGAAGGAGAUUCAGGCACAGAAGCAGAUAAUGACCCACAGCUGACUUUUUACACAGAUCCCUCCCGAAGCAGGAGGCGGAGCAGAGUGGGUUCUCCAAGAAGUCCUGUGAAUAAGACCACCCUGACUCUCAUCAGCAUCACCAGCUGUGUGAUUGGCCUCGUCUGCUCAUCCCAUAUGAGCUGCCCACUCAUUGUCAAAAUCACCCUGCAUGUCCCUGAGCACCUGAUCGCAGAUGGGAGCCGCUUUAUCUUACUGGAGGGCAGCCAACUGGAUGCCAGUGAUUGGCUGAAUCCUGCCCAGGUGGUGCUCUUCUCCCAGCAGAACUCCAGUGGGCCCUGGGCCAUGGAUCUUUGUGCCCGGCGGCUCCUAGACCCUUGUGAACAUCAAUGCGACCCAGAAACUGGUAGGCAGGAGCACCGGGCAGCGGGGGAAUGCCUUUGCUAUGAAGGAUAUAUGAAGGAUCCAGUGCACAAGCAUCUCUGUAUUCGAAACGAAUGGGGCACAAACCAGGGGCCUUGGCCUUACACAAUAUUUCAGAGAGGAUUUGACUUGGUUUUGGGAGAGCAGCCCUCAGAUAAGAUAUUCAGGUUUACCUAUACUCUAGGAGAGGGAAUGUGGCUGCCUUUAAGCAAGAGUUUUGUGAUUCCACCUGCAGAACUGGCUAUCAACCCCUCAGCUAAGUGCAAGACGGACAUGACUGUGAUGGAGGAUGCAGUGGAGGUCAGAGAGGAACUGAUGACCUCAUCCUCCUUUGACAGCCUGGAAGUUCUCUUGGAUUCAUUUGGACCUGUUAGGGACUGCACCAAGGAUAACGGGGGCUGUAGCAAGAAUUUUCGUUGCAUCUCAGAUCGCAAAUUGGAUUCCACUGGUUGUGUGUGCCCAUCAGGACUCAGCCCCAUGAAGGAUGGCACCGGCUGCUAUGACCGCCAUAUUGGAGUUGACUGCUCUGAUGGAUUCAACGGGGGCUGUGAGCAGCUAUGUCUCCAGCAGAUGGCACCUUUCCCAGAGGAUCCUUUGCUAUAUAACAUCCUUAUGUUCUGUGGGUGCAUUGAGGAUUACAAGCUUGGUGUGGAUGGGCGCUCUUGCCAGCUGGUCACUGAGACCUGCCCAGAGGGAGCUGAAUGUGGGGAAAGCCGGGAGCUUUCCAUGAACCAGACUCUGUUUGGGGAGAUAUUCUUUGGCUACAACAAUCACUCCAAGGAAGUAGCACCUGGACAGGUGCUGAAAGGAACAUUCAGGCAGAACAACUUUGCUAGAGGCUUAGAUCAACAGUUACCAGAUGGCCUUGUGGUGGCCACUGUGCCCCUGGAGAAUCAGUGCCUAGAAGAAAUCUCAGAGCCCACACCAGAUCCAGAGUUCCUGACUGGAAUGGUGAACUUUAGUGAAGUGUCUGGAUACCCUCUACUACAACACUGGAAAGUCCGUUCUGUGAUGUACCAUAUCAGACUCAACCAAGCCACCAUUUCCCAAGCUCUUAGCAAUGCCCUCCAUUCUUUGGAUGGGGCUACAUCACGGGGAGAUUUUGUAGCAUUGCUGGACCAAUUUGGCAACCAUUACAUCCAGGAGGCUGUUUAUGGCUUUGAGGAGUCCUGCUCCAUCUGGUACCCAAACAAACAGGUCCAGCGGAGACUUUGGCUGGAGUAUGAAGACAUCAGUAAAGGGACGUUGAGUGGAGCAAAGGAGAUAAUGUAUAUCAAGCACUUUCCCAACAUUAAAAGAGGCAACUCCCCAUCAGAUGAAUCUGAGGAACGGGAGCGAGAUCCUAAAGUACUUACAUUCCCAGAAUAUAUUGCCAGCCUUUCUGAAUCUGGCACCAAGCGCAUGGCAGCUGGAGUCCGUAUGGAGUGCCAGAGUCGAGGCCGGUGCCCCUCUUCUUGUCCUUUGUGCCAUGUGACUGCAAGCCCUGAUUUGCCAGCUGAGCCAAUUCUCUUGGAAGUUACCAAGGCAGCUCCCAUCUAUGAACUGGUUACUAACAACCAGACACAGCGGUUGUUGCAAGAGGCCACCAUGAGCUCACUCUGGUGUUCAGGAAGCGGGGAUGUCAUCGAAGAUUGGUGUCGGUGUGACUCCAGUGCCUUUGGGGCAGAUGGACUCCCCACUUGUGCUCCUCUCCCUCAGCCUGUACUCCGACUUUCUACAGUUCAUGAGCCUAGCAGCACACUGGUAGUAUUGGAAUGGGAACACUCAGAACCACCAAUAGGGGUACAGAUUGUAGAUUACCUUAUUCGCCAGGAGAAGGUCACUGAUAGGAUGGACCAUUCCAAAGUGGAGACUGAAACAGUGUUGAGUUUUGUAGAUGAUAUCAUCUCUGGAGCAAAGUCACCUUGUGCCAUGCCAUCUCAGGUGCCUGAUAAGCAGUUCAACACCAUCUCUCUGAUUAUUCGUUGCCUGGAACCUGACACCACCUACAUGUUUACCCUGUGGGGAGUGGACAACACAGGACGACGUUCCAGACCAAGUGAUGUAAUAGUGAAGACCCCCUGCCCAGUGGUAGAUGAUGUGAAAGCCCAAGAAAUAGCAGACAAGAUCUACAAUCUCUUCAAUGGCUAUACCAGUGGGAAGGAACAACAGACUGCAUAUAACACCCUCCUGGAUCUUGGCUCUCCCAGCCUCCACCGGGUCCUCUAUCACUAUAACCAGCAUUAUGAGAGUUUUGGCGAGUUCACUUGGAGAUGUGAGGAUGAAUUAGGCCCCAGGAAAGCUGGACUCAUCCUCUCCCAACUUGGAGACCUCAGCAACUGGUGCAAUGGCCUCCUCCAGGAACCCAAGAUAAGCCUGCAACGCAUCUCACUCAAGUACUUGGCCUGCCGCUAUCGCGAGAUCAAGCCUUAUGGACUGGAGUGGUCAGAGCUUACCCGAGACCUCAAGAAAACCUGUGAGGAGCAGACACUCAGCGUCCUGUACAAUGAUUAUGGAGACAACAAAGAUAACUAGUGAUUCAGGGGUCCUGCAAAGGGCCACCAAGACUGAGCAGGAGGGAGGAAGAGUUUGGGGGUUGGUUUGGUUUGUUGAUUAAAUAUUUUAAUGGACUAUUGACACCUCCAAAGUUAAAAAAUAAUGUCAACCAGGGAAGACGCCCUCACUGCUCUCUGCAGGACUUCUUCGAUAUGAAAUUCUUCUUCAGCAUGACCUUGCCAGCCUGAGGUUUCGUUCAGUGCCCUUUUCCUUUGAGGGAUUUCUUUAGGAUUUUUAAAUUGUUGUUGUUGUCGAUUUAUUUCCAUUGUUUUUCUAAAAGUUUCAUCAAACUGCUCCAUGCUCCAGAUGAAAAUCAUGCACAGAUUUCCUUUCUCCCUCUCUCUGAACCCAUGCUCCCCACUGUGUCUCCCUCCUGUGCCACACUCAGAGGGAUAUACUCAGAGGAAGAGCUGAGCUUUCAGUCCAUUAGACUUACGAAGACCUAUGUAGUCGGUAGUGUGGUAUAGAAGUGUCAGCUCUAACAAAGGAUGGGUUUGAAUUGAUCCCCACAGAGCUCCUGAGUUUCCCAAACGUGCCAAUAGGGUGAGAGUAGGGCAAAUGAUGGCCAUUUCCUCCACCUCUCUUUCAUUCUUUGCUAGACUGUUUUCUAAAUGAACUAGACCUACAGAAGAAAAGAAUCUUAUGUGGAGAGAGGCUGUUGUCCUCUCCCAUUUUCUCUUUCUUUCCUCACUGCUACAUAAGGAACAUUAGGGCAUUUCUCUUUUGAGGUGAUAUCCACCAACAUUUUCAUGUAUCAUAGUAUAGAAGAGGUCCUCCAGAACUUCUAGAACUUCUGGCCAUUCUUUAGCAUCCAGGAAGGACCAAUUGUAAGCUCCCUCUGGGCAGAUGGAUGUUUUUACAUUUCCCUGGUUAGGAGAAAGUAAAUCCCCACCUCUCUCUCCUUUUCAGAUAGAUAUUCUAUUCUGUGGAAUUAUACCUUUUUUAUUGAGGAAGAAAAAUUGAAGCAAAAAAGUCAUGCCUCUUUCUUAUCUCCUGCAAUACUAGUUCCCAUGAACUUCUUCAGGUCAGGGAAAAAAAUCUUUUUUUUGUUGUUGUUGUUUUGGUGUUUUAUCCAUAAAAGCCAAAUUACCAGGUGCUCCUUAUUCUCCUCAAAAUUCCUCCCCCCCCAACCUGUCCUCCAUGCAUAGACACUGCAUUAAUUCAAUGAUCAUCUUAGAAGAGGUUCAUUUCUUUCAUGUCAGUAUUUUAGCUUGCAAAGUGCUCACAAAAUCCUCCUGGAUAUUUUCCCCCUUACUAACCAUGUGAAAUUAUUCAGCCAAUCUUGCAAAUCUUUUCUCUUGAUGACUUUUCAGGAGAAAGGAAGGACUCCAGUGAAAGUGUCCUCCCACUCCAAGUUAGAGCCCCACAGCAUAGAGAUUUUUUUUCUAGAGGAGCAUGGUGGAAGUUCAAGUGCUCCCAUUAAAAAAUACCCCACUAAUGAGAAAAGGUUUUAUUGUGAACUUUCAUCAUUGGCUACUUAGGAUGAUAUUCUAUUCAGACUAUGCUGCUUCCCUCAUAUCCCAACCCAAAUAUUCAAACCUGCUCCAAGCUUCACUGCCUUCAGGCUUGUGUUCCUUACCUGGAAGGACAUGGGGAAGGUGGGAAAGGAGUGGAAGGUAGGUGAGGUGAGGCACUGAAUAAAGCUAGACUUUGACUUUUCUGAGAAUAGUUGACAUGUAUUAACUCACCCUUCAAAAUGGAGAUUCAGGUGAAUUUAGAAAUCUGUUCCUCACAGAGUGAAUCUUAGGGGACUGCAAUAGCUUCAACAGAGAGGAGCCCCAGAUUGAUCCCCCAGAUGCAGUUCUGUUAAGGGACCUUAAGAGAUGGCUGAUUAAAAAGCUGGAGUUUACCAUUAGUCCUGUCUUCCCACUCUCUCUCUCACUUGGGGUGGGGUGGAGCACCAGCUCUAUAGAUGGUUGUAGAGUUCCAUUUGUCUCUAAGUGGAACUUGAUGUGGCCCCUUUUCUUCCUGAGGUUACCCUCAGCCCAUGAUGAAUAAGAAGUUUGAAUUCUGGGUUCGAAGAAAUUAAUGAUAUUAUCAAGUCUGUUUCCUGAAUGCCAGCCUUCCAUCUCAGGAGGAUGAGCAGAGUUCACCCAUACUUCCUUUGCAUCCUCUAGUGAAAUCUUCCUGAGAGUUCUUUGGAGGUCUGAGUAUCAUGGCCAAUAGAGGACUUUAUUCCCUAGCACUUCUCCUAUGGCAGUACACUAGUAACUGAGGUGAAAUGCUGAGAUUUUUACACAAUUUUUUCUACUUCCCUGCUCUCCCAUCAGAGAUUUCUCACUGAUGAGAGUGAUUUAGUAUUUAAUUAACAAUUAGUAAACAAACAAACAAAGAGGCCCUGUGCAAGAGUUGGGGUCAGGGUGGGGGAGUGGCCUUUGGUGUUUCUUAUUGUCUUUGCCUCUGGAAAAGUGUUAAAUUGAUGGCAACAAUGUCUUCCUGCUCUUUCAGUGAGUGUGCUGAUGGGACUUGGGAUGCAGUAAAUGACACCAUUACCUCUGAAUCUUGGCCCUUCUGUGCUUUUGCCUUUGAAAUAUUGCCUCCCUCUCUUUCCUCCUUUCUUCUCUCCCUUUUGUUCAUAUCCCUUAUCCCUUUAAAGAUCUUUCUCUUCCAGUUUUUUCCUCUCAUCAAUUCUCCUUUAUACCCUAUCUGCUGCCUAGCCCAUUCUCUCCUAUACACCCUUCUUUUGAUUCCAAACCUUCCCGGACUUCCAAUAAGAUUCCCUUCCUCUAUUUUCCUCUAUUCCAUACUCUUUACUUUGGUCUUGGUCCCACCUACCACCAUUGACCCUCAGGGUAUAAAAGAGGGCCCUAUAAGAACAGGGGCAUCCUUAGGACAGAUGAGCAAUGUUGUAGGAAUUAAAGUCCUGUGAUCACCAGCUGGCAUGCAAUGAAGUUGCCCCAAGGAGUCCCUAUAGCCAGAAGUUGAUAGUGGUAUUUUUUCCAGUAUCAAAUCUCCCAAUUUCCAGGCUGCCAUAUUAGUUGGUCCUUAGGAAUUUCCUUUACUCUCUCCUUCCAUCCUCUCUUGUCUUCUCUUGUAUUAUCCUGACCUCUCACCUCUUCCCAUUUUCCACACUGUUAAACUAAUCAGUCCUUAGGUGGUUUCUCUCCCCUUCCCUCCUCUCUCCUCCCGGCCUGUCUCCUCUCCUUUAUCUCUCUGUCUCUCUGUUUUUCUCUUUGUCUCUCUGUCUCUGUCUUUGUCUCUCCCCUCAUCCCUUCUUUCUUUCCCAUUGUUCUCAUGUUCUCAUGCAGCCAAAUUUCUGGGUGUUCCCUCUUGAACACAUAUGUAUCUCUCUCUACUAGCCUUGUGGCUUUUAACUCACCAUUUAGUUACUUUCUUUGGAGAUUGGUCCAUUUAUUAUUUUGGGUUAAUGAUUGAAAACAAACACCACACUUCUUGCUAUUAAGAUGAUCUUAUUAAGAAACCUAGUGUGAGAAAUAUUCUUACUGCUGUAGAUGGGAUGAAAGAACACCGUGUGACCAACUUCAGGUAUAACAGUAUUAUUUAAAAAUAUUGUAUAAUUGUUUUAAAAAUAUAAAAAAGUUAACUAAAUAUUAAACAAAGCUGUUAGUA